AUGGGGAAGCUGGUAAUACGCACGAAAGUCCCCACGAACACGAGCGACCAGUCAAUUGGUGUCCACGAAGGCGUCGUAGAAGCGCGUAAUAUUUUGAAAGAAAAGUACAACUGGGACGGCAAGUUCGAAUACAUACACCAUGGCACCACGACCGGCACGAAUGCGGUGCUCGAGAACAAAGGCGCAAAGUGUGGCUUGAUUGUCACAAGGGGACACAAGGAUAUAUUGACGGUUCGGAGAAGUCAAAUUCCCGGUGGUCUCGGAGCAUGGAUAAAUUAUGUCCAGCCAGAGCCACUUGUGCCAUUGGAGCGAACGGUCGAAGUCAGAGAGCGCAUAAAAAUUGACGGUGAAGUGUUCUAUGAGUUGGAUGAGAAAGAGUUUCGCGAAAAUCUACAGGAUCUCAAAAGGCAACAACCACAGGCGAUUGCCGUCUCGCUGCUCAAUUCGUUCUCGAACAGUGUGCAUGAAGAGAAGGUGCGGUCGAUAUUGACCGACGAAUUCGGUCCAGAUGUUGAAGUCGUCACUUCGACGGAUGUGCUCCCAGAAAUUCAGGAAUAUGAGCGCACAGUUACCACCACAGCCAACGCGAUUGUGAAGCCAGUCGUCAAAAAAUAUAUGAAGAAUCUGCAGAAGAUGCUCGAGAAAGACACAGACACAAUUCCUGGAGAAACCCCUGUCAAGAUCUUGAUGAGUGGACCUGCUGGUGGUGUCAAGGCUGUCUCGCACUUGGUAGCAAAGAACACGCCUUUCAAGAACUUGAUCACCUUUGAUAUGGGCGGUACCAGUACGGACUGCGCUCUUCUCUCCGGAAGCGAUGCCAUCAUUCGCCGUGAAACCGAAGUUGGCCAUCUAUCUGUUAGGGCGCCUUCAGUCGACGUAAGAACUGUAGGUGCCGGUGGAGGAUCGAUUGCGAUGUACAAUGAAUUCACCAAGAACUUCCGCGUAGGACCGGAGUCGAGCGGUGCAACUCCUGGACCUGCAGCAUAUGGCAAAGGCGGAACCCAAGCAACUGUCACUGAUGCAAACCUGACACUGGGCUAUCUCCCUUCCAAGCUCCUAGGCGGCAAGUUCCAGCUCGAUGUCGCUGCCUCAGCUGCCGCAGUGGAGAACAUCGCCAAACAAAUGGGUCUCGAGAUGACUUCAGCUGCAGAAGGUAUCAUUGAUCUAGUCAACGAGAGUAUGCACGGCGCUCUGCGUCUCGUCUCAGUCGAGCAAGGCUAUGAUCCCCGUGACUUUGCGCUGGUUGCAUUUGGAGGAGCCGGUCCUCUCCACGCAAAUUCGCUCGGAAAACUACUUGGGUCGUGGCCUGUCAUCGUUCCCCCAAGUCCUGGUGUGCUGUGUGCUCAAGGCGAUGCUACAACCAAGAUGUCACAUGAGGAGAGCUGCACUUACAUCAAGGUAUUCUCCGAGAUUACUGCGGAAGACCUGACCAAGACACUUGGCGACCUGAAGACUAGUUAUCAGCAAGCGAAACUCAAGGUCGUCUUUCAAUCUGACAUGCGAUACAAGGGUCAGGCGAUGACUCUCACGGUCGAUUUCAGCGAAGAAGAAGUCCACAACACCAGUGCUUUACUGCAACACCUUCGGACCAAGUUCAACGAAGCCCACGAGCAGCAAUUCAGCUUCUCGCAUGCGGAUGCCGAACUUGAAACUAUGCGAAUGCGAGCCAAGGUUAUUGAUGCCUCUGAAGAGGUCGCAAUCAAACCUAUCUCAUUAAAGGCUGACAGCUCAAGUCCUCCGGAGGAUGCUAUCACUUUAAAGCAGGAUAUUGUAUACGAAGGCAAGAAAGUUCAAGCUACAUUCUGGGACCGUACCAAGAUCACAAAGGCCGGCAUUAAGAUCCCUGGCCCUGCUGUCGUCACAGAGAUGGACUCGAACACCCUCAUUCUUCCAGGUCAUUUUGGUGAAGUGGACUCCAUGGGCAACAUUCUCAUUUGGCCUGAAGACAAGAAGUCUGAUGAGAAGACUGUGCAUACCAAGGAAGCCGCCAAGCAGCUCGUACAAGAGACACCCCUCAUCUCCACACUCAUUGCUUCCGCUCUGGGCUCGAUACGACGCGAGAUGGAUACUCUCAUGUUACGUUGCGCCAUGAGUCCGGCCAUCCGCGAGCAACAAGACGAGUUCAACGUCAUCACAAACACCCGCGGCCAAAUGCUCGUCGGUCAAUUUGGUAGCUUCAUCACGCAGUUCUUGAACGGCUGGAAAGGUACAAUCGAAGAAGGCGACAUCUUCGUCACCAACGACGUCUACCAGAUCGAUGGCGCUGUAUCCCAUCUAAACGAUGUCAUCAUCUUACUGCCGAUCUACUUCGAGCACAAGCUUAUUGGCUGGGCAGCCAAUUUUGGGCACUUGACCGAUGUUCAAGGCAAAGUGCCGGGAUCGAUGAGUAUCAAUGCUAGCACCAUCUACGAAGACGGACUCCAAAUUCCCAUCUGCAAGCUGUAUGCUAAGGGCGUAUACAACGAGGGCCUCGCGUCUCUCUUCUUCCGAAACUCGCGUAUGCCCGAGUGGUUCCAAUCCGACCUGAUCGCUUUGGUGACAGCUUGUCGGACAGCAGCCACACGAGUCAACGAGCUCUGUGAGCGAUAUGGGCUCGCGGUGUACGAGGCUGCGACGGACUAUCUUCUGGACCAGAAUCGAGCUGCAAUCAAGACAAUCAUCGACGAGAAGAUUGGGAGCGACAGGUCGUCAUUCACGGACUUCAUCGAUGAUGACGGCCACGGUAUCGGACCUUACGCGAUUGCAUGCUCGAUGCAGAAACAAGGCGAUAAGCUGGUGUUUGACUGGGACGGUACUUCACCGCAGUCCAAUACGUCGAUGAACUACUACCUUUCGAUCACGAUGUUCAAAAUGUUCAUUGGGUAUUAUUUACUGGCCAUCUACGACCCUCAUGCCGUCGUCAAUGACGGCUUCCACGACCUCAUUGACAUCAAGAUACCCACUGGUACCAUCCUGCGGCCGGUACGACCUGCAGCGCUCAGUUGUAGGACUCACCUUCUAGGCCGUGUAAUGGACGUCAUGCAGGCGCUAUUUGGUCAAAGGAAUGCAGCCUACCGUUGUGCAGCAGGCUUCUCUGACUCCCCUCAUCUGUUUUAUUCUGGCUUCAAGCCCGACGGCGAGUUUUACCUCUUGUAUCAGAUUGGCUUCGGAGGAGUACCUGCUCGACCAAUCGGAGACGGACCAGAUUGUCACUGCCUCUUCCCAGCCAUCAAGUCCAUACCUGCGGAGAAUAUUGAGCUCUACUUCCCUGUCAUCAUCGAAGCAAACGAAGCAUUGCCCGACUCUGGAGGCGCUGGAUUCUACCGAGGUGGCAACGCACAACGCACGCUGUACAGAUGGCUUUGCGAAGGUGAUGUCAGCAUCCACGACGAUAGGUGGAUGAUAAAGCCCUGGGGUGUCAAUGGAGGCAUGCCAGGAAGCAGAUCGAGGAAGAUCCUUUACAGAAACAACAGCUAUGGCACAGACAGGGAAAAGGACAACAUUGAGCUUUGCCAGUCGAAGCAAGAUUACCUUCAUGUCUAUCCUGGCGACGUUCUCGAAUGGAUAACCUGGGGCGGUGGUGGUCUCGGCGACCCCCUAACCCGGCCCUCGACCGUCGUCGCACAAGAAGUCCACAGGCGCCUUGUCACCGUGUCCGGCGCGGCGAAGAACUACGGCGUCGUCGUGCGGCCAGCCGACUUCAGCGUCAACGAAGGCGCGACCACCGAGCUUCGCGAGAAAAUGAAAGCAGAUCGCGUGAAGACUAUCGAUAUGGAAGGCUACAAUCGAGGAGGCACGAUUCGCGAGUUGAUGGCGAAAUGCGAGGAGGAGACGGGGUUGAAGCCACCGCGGCCACAGUGGGAAAAGGAUCCGUAUGGCCCGCAUGUGGGGUUGGAGUAUGUGAAGAACUGGUAUAAGAGGAUGAGGAAAGAGGGCAUGGAGUUGUGGGAUAAAGCCUAA